AUGUCCUCAACAAACGGGAACAACAAAGUAAAUCCAGAUGAAGAUAAAGAAAAUGCCUCUACAUUCUAUGAUCACCAUCAGCAUUUCCGUAGUGGUAAACCUAUAUUAUUUCCACAAACACCAGCACAUUUAUUGAAACGUUCCUCAUCUAUACUAUCUAAACAGAAACCCGAUAUCAAACCUGGUAACUUAGAAUUACAACUACAAUCAGAUGCAGGUGCAGGUGCCGUUCCGCCGAAUAUAUCACCUAGGAGACAAUUGUUACAAUUACAAAACAGAUUUCCACUAUCUAAGAAGGAUAAUAAUAAUAGCUUUAUACUCAAGCAACAGCAACAGCAAUUCGAUCACAAGAGAUUGAAAAAAUAUGGUUCUGUGUUGGGUUUAGGAACAGAUGGUAAUAAUCAUAAUAAUUUGACAAGAAUCAAAAGCUUAGUAUUGAAAGAUAUAGACGAUGAUGAUAAUGCUGGUUCGCAUACAGAUAAUUCUACAAAUGGGAAUAUACGAGGUUCAUUGAAUUAUUCUGCUAUACCAAAUCUUGAUUUCAAUAUUGAUACUAUCCAAGAACGAAGAAAAGGAUCGGACGAUGAUUCUGAAGAUGACGAUACUGGUGCUGAUGAUUUAUUCGGUUUAAAAUUGAAACAUGCAAUGAACAAUAACAACAAUAAUAAUAAUAGUGAUGGUAGUGGAUUAUUAUUUCAUGAUUCAAAUCAUGGAUUACAUCAAUUAAUAAAUUUUAAUAAGAAGAACAUGCCGGAAAAAAAUUCCAUAUCACAAAGCGUUAAGCUAGAUAAUAAAAAGGAAGAUACAUAUGACGAGGAGGACGAUAUAGAAUAUGCACCAAUACGGGAAGAUUCAUUACCGUAUAUUCCACAAGGUUAUACACCUUUUACAAAUGAAGAUAUUAAUAAAUUGAAAGUAUAUCAUUCUCCAUUUGCCAUUCAUCAUGAUCAUUCAGAUUAUCAACAAAGUCCGUCGACGUUAGGUGAUCCUGAAAUGUUAUUAUCAUUACAAUCUUUCGACACUCAAACAGCGACGACGUCAUCAUCUUGUGCAUCGCCUUCGUUAUAUCCAACAACGCCAAUUCAUAAAGAUACUAAUAUUAAUACUACUGAUCAAAAACAUAAUACUGUUAUUCUGAAUGUUCACAAUAAUGAUAACGAGAGCGAAGGCGAGUACGGAGGGGAGCAUGAUCAAGAAAUAGAUAAAAUAUAUAAUGGCGACGGUCUAGAUGAAGAUGAUUUAAAUGAUCUAAUAAAUGACUUGCAAUGA